AUGUCUACCGCAAGAGACAGAGAUCCAGAGCCUCCACACUUGAGUUUCCGCACCUUUGUGGAUUCUCUCCGGGGGGACAAGGAUCUAGUGGAAGUGAAUGACUCCGUCGACCCAAACCUCGAGGCUGCAGCUAUUACUCGUCUUAUAUGUGAGACCAACGACAAGGCACCGCUGUUCAAUAACGUCCUGGGGGCUAGGAAUGGCUUUUUCCGCAUCCUCGGCGCUCCAGCCGCGCUACGCCAAUCCAAAACGCAGCGUUUCGGGCGCAUCGCGCGACACCUAGCCCUGUCCCCCGACUCCGGCCCCAGCACAAUCAUGGAGAAGUUGCUCUCCGUCGGGUCGGAGAAGCUGGUUGAUCCUAUUACAGUCGAGUCGGGGCCUGUCAAGGAAAACAGCAUUGUAGGCGACGAUAUUGACUUGACAGCCAUCCCAGCACCCAUGGUACACGAGACCGAUGGCGGCAAGUACGUUGGUACCUACGGUAUGAACGUUCUUGCAGCACCCGAUGGCGAAUGGGUUAACUGGUCUGUCAACCGUACCAUGAUCGUGGGUAAGCGCACCAUGACUGGAGCGUGCUAUCCACCGCAGCACAAUUGGCAGAUUGUCAACAAGUGGAGAGAGAUUGGUCAAGACGCACCCUGGGCGAUGGCAUUUGGUGUCCCCCCCGCAGCAAUCAUAGUGGCUGCUAUGCCUAUUCCAGAUGGUGUCAGCGAAGCUGGCUACGUCGGCGCCUUGAGUGGGGAACCUAUGAAGCUGGUCAAAUGCGACACGAAUGAUCUCUACGUACCGGCCAACGCCGAGAUUGUCUUUGAGGGCACUAUUUCGACCACCGAACAAGUCCCCGAAGGCCCUUACAGCGAGAUGCAUGGAGUGAACUUCCCUGGAGAUUCGCAUAUGAUGCCACUGUUCAAGGUCAACAAGAUCACCUACCGCAACAACGCGAUUCUUCCCCUGUCAGCCACUGGCAGACUGACGGACGAAACGCAAUCCUUGGGAGGUCUAGUGACUGCCGCAGAAGUUUUGCAGCUCUGUCGGGCUGCCGACUUACCGGUUCUGCAAGCUAGCUCGCCGCUCAUCUCUCAGUGUACCUGGAUCGCGGUCCAGGUUGAUGGACAGCGGCUUCGAGCCAUGAAGAUCACCCCGAAGGAGCUAGCCGAGCUUGUCGCUAAUAUCGUGUUCAAGUCCAAAGCCGGGGUGCCAUUCCACCGCAUCAUCCUAGUCGGCGAGGACAUCGACGUACACGACGAUGCAGACGUCAUGUGGGCAUUCUCCACACGUUGUCGACCCGGGCUGGAUGAGUAUCCCUAUGAAGAUGUCAAAGGGUUCGCGCUCAUUCCUUACAUGGCUCAUGGCAAUGGCAAUCCUACCAAAGGCGGCAAGAUGGUCUGCGAUGCGCUGUUUCCCGUCGAGUACACCACCGGCAGGAACUGGAUCAAUACCAGCUUUCGCCAAGAUAUGCGCCUCACGAACAUCGUUUUAUUCGGCUCUGUUGCGUAUUGGGCCGCCGCGGCGCCUACAGAGUCUCACGCCCUUGUUGAAAGACAGGCGAUUAACGUGAACGGUUGCUGGUGUUGCAAUACGGUUAUAAAGCCUUAUGGAAACUUCUAUGGCGCUGGGGCUGGUUGUAAGGCUGGAGCGUGUGGUAAUCGAGAUCAUGAGCUCUGUUGCACUGCUGCCGUCCUCAUGCCUUUUAUCGCCUGUCGUGAGAUUCCAGCUCUAUUUCACGAACACCCAGCCCAAGCGGAAUGGAUGUGGGAUUCAGCUUUCAAUGACAUCCAGGAUCUCUUCUUUCUUUGGGCAGGCCGCCAACGACAGGAAGAAGUCAACCUGCACUCUAGUGCCUCCGAUGGACUAGAGGAACGAGAGCCAUUCAUAGUUGACCGGGAACAUGUCGACCAAGAGCGUUUUACACCAUGGAUAAUCCGGAAGUCUCUGCGCACAUGGAGCGAUAUACGAGAGUUCAUCAUUUCAGAGCAGGGACUGGGAAUAUUCAAGUGCAGCCUCGCAUAUCUACUCGCAUCCCUAGCAGUUUUCGUACCCAUGAUUGGAAAUCUCUUGGGCCAUCAGAACGGUAAGCAUUUGGUGGCGACGAUCACAGUCUACUUCCAUCCAGCGAGGACGCAAGGCAGCAUGUACAAAGCACUAAUAUGUGCCUCCGUCGCUUUUAUCUUUGCGGCGGUUCUCUCGCUAUCGAGCAUGUGGGUUACAAUUCUCUUUCAAAGAAAGCACGACAUGAUUGAAUUAGGCCAUGCUGUGGUGCUGGUAGUUUUCGUUGCCGGUGGAUUUGGGUUCAUUGGAUGGAUCAAACAGAGACUGAGUGAUCCGCUAGUCAAUGUUGCCUGCUCUUUGGCUUCGCUCGCAUCUACCAUUGUCAUUACCAAGGAAGGUGCUGUGCAAAGUGGCGCCCUUUCUUUCGACAAGAUAUCCCAGGUCCUAAGAAUGGUUCUUUUAGGCGUCGGGAUUUCGGCAGCUGUGUCGCUGUCGAUACUGCCUCUUUCUGCACGGAAGAAGUUCCGAGGAAAUCUUUCAACUCUAACAGAUACAGUGACAUUGAUGCUCAUGAGUAUCACCGGUAGCUCCCUUCGCGGAUCAGACUACGAGCUCCAAAAAGUAGAGUUUAUCAAUCUGUCUGCACGUCACGAUAAAGCCUUCGGCCAAAUGAAGAAUAUAAUGGAAGAGACAAAGCUUGAGCACUAUGUGGCGGGAACAGGGCUAGAGUAUCAUCUUGAAAAACGCCUCGUGUGUUUCAUGCAAGACAUCACCCAUAGCCUGGGCGGUCUACGCAGUGCAGGAGCUUUACACUUUGAAUUACUCGCACCGACCAGAUGUACGAGGCCGACACAGAUGUCAUGUCCGGAAACCGACUCCUCUGUUCCCGUCACCAUAGGACGUCCGAAGCUAGUCAGUCAGCCACAAUCUGUUUCAAAAUCGGACGUGGAACUCUACAAGGCAGAGAAAUUACAAUCUGCACCUAAGAUUCAACAGGACACUCCCUUGAACCAUUCCGGAGAUGAUUUUGAAUCAAUAAUAUCUCGGCUCGAAAUUUCCAUGCUCUCCCUGGCUUCUACUCUGAGAGAUAUCUUCAAAGAAGUGUCUUUUGGACCUGCCCCCGAUUACAGGAUCUCCAUUAAUGGUGGAGCUCGCCCCCGUAUCGAUGAAGCAGUUAAGAUAUACCGAGAAACUCGAAUGUCCGCUUUGUGCUCGCUUUCUCACGAAAGAGAGAUAAUGUCUCUCACCCAGGAGAGCAAAGCUGACCUUGAAGAAAUUUUCGCAAGCUGCGAUUAUUUUUCCGUGUCUCUCCUCAAGCUAAGUGAGAAGCUGCAACAGUUCUUAUCAGUUUUGGAGGAGCUUCAAAUCGAGGUUGAUGAAAGACCUAACGAAAAGUCUUGGACUUGGACGUGGGUUUUUCUGACCUAA